AGCAGGGAUUGAGAACAGGUAACUCCCCGUCAUCAGAACGGGAACUUUUUGAACAAGUUAUUUCCUCUUUGUAAAAGAGUAGGGGCAUUCCUGUAGCUAAGCUUCAAAUUCAUCGGUUUGUUGAUUUUGUGCAUCAGGUUUGCCCCUGGUUUCCCGAACAGGGAAUGGUUAAUGUUGAGACUUGGAAAACAGUAGGAGAAAAGAUUAAAGAUUAUUAUUGUGCUUGGGGUCCUGAGAAGGUUCCUGUGGAUGUGUUUCCAAUUUGGACUCUUAUUAAGGACUGUUUAAAAGGGGACUAUGAGUCUAGUAAAUGGGAAAAAAAAACUCGAGAAAGUUUUAUAAGAAAAACCAAAUCUUCAGAGAAUGUGGCAUCCUCCUUAUACCCACCCCCCCGCCCUCUGCUCUGCCACCACUCUCUGAGCCACCCUGUUACAAGCAACCCAGCUAGCUCAGUCAGUAGAGCAUGAGACUCUUAAUCUCAGGGUCGUGGGUUCGAGCCCCACCUUGUGUCAAAAGUUUGUACAUGCAGCCAUUGCCAAUACCAGAUCUAAAUUUGCCUCUGCCACCAUUAUUCAUUAUAUGGAUGAUAUUUUAAUAGCCCAUCAAGAUUCUGAGAUGCUUUUGCAAGUAUAUGCCUCUCUUCAUCAGGAUUUAACAAAUAAUGGGCUGGUCAUUGCACCUGAGAAGGUCCAAACUUCACCUCCUUUUUCUUAUCUAGGUUUUCACUUAUAUCCACAGCAUUUUUCUCCUCAAUGAUUGUCUGUUAAUACUUCUCACUUGUGUACGUUACAUGAUUUUCAAAAACUCAGGCGAAAUUAAUUGGAUCCGGCCAUCUCUAAAGUUAACUACUCAAGACCUCCACCCAUUGUUUUCCUUAUUAGCUGGAGAUUCUGACCCAAGUUCACCCCGCCAAAAGAUGGCAGAAGUUCCCAAAGCUCUUGAACUGGUUAAUAAGGCUCUUCAAAGUGCACAGCUUCAUUAUUGUGAUUUUUCCACUCCCUGGUCUCUUAUCAUCAUACCCACAUCUUUUUCCCCUACAGGUGUGUUGUAUCAGCAGGGAGUUCUCUCAUGGAUUCAUGGUUCGCAUUCCCCGAAAAAGGCUCUCCCCCCUUAUGCCUCUUUGGUUGCAGAAAGGAUUAUGUAAGGAAGAAAAUUGUCUAUAAUGCAUUUAGGAAGAGACCCUCACUCUAUUAUAAUCCCUUAUACAUCUGAACAGCUCAAAUGGUUGCUUAAUAUGACUGAUUAUUUUCCUCUUUCUCUAGCAUCCUAUACCAGUCAAAUCCAACACCAUUAUCCCAAGGAUAAAAUUCUUCAAUUUGCCUCCAAAGUUACCUUUUCAUUUCCUCAAAUCAUACGCAUGAAACCCCUUGUUAAUGCUAUUACUUUAUUUUCAGAUGGAAGCUCCAAUGGAAAAGCUACUUUAGUAUCCCCAAAUCAAACUUAUGUAUGGCAAUUGAGGAGUACUUCAGCUCAGGAGACUGAACUUUAUGCUGUUCAUCAGGCUUUUAUUCUUUUCUUUGAUGUUCCCUUUAAUUUGUUUUCAGACAGCCAAUAUGUAGUACAAGCCUUGUCUGUUUUAGAAUGCAUCCCUGUUAUCAACACUGCUAAUAUCCUUGUUGCACAGUUAUUUGGUCUUAUUCAAUCAUCUUUACAUUCUCGAUCUGCACCUUGUUUUGUAGGACAUUCGCAGUCACUCUAAUCUUCCAGGUGCUUUGACUCAUGGAAAUGCAAUUGCAGAUCGAGCCAUGCAUAUUGGACUGUCUGCUGUUUCGCAAGCACAACAGUCACAUGCUCUUCAUCACCAAGCUGCACAGGUUUUACGUUAUCAAUAUGGUAUAACACGGCAGCAGGCAUGAGAAAUUGUUAAAAACUGUCCCUCAUGUGAGCCUCUCCUUCCAGUACCGCAUUUUGGAGUCAACCCUCGAGGACUCCAUCCAAAUGACUUCUGGCAGAUGGAUGUCACUCAUUAUCCUUUUUUUGGGUCAUUAAAAUACCUACAUGUUACCUUUUCUCAUUACAUGCUUGUUUCACCUAUGACUGGAGAAACUGCUCCCCAUGUAAUACAACACCUACUAUAUUGUUUCUCUAUCCUGGGCAUUCCUCGAUCCAUUAAUACGGAUAAUGGCCCAGCAUAUGUUAGUAAACCCUUUGCCAAAUUCUGUCAGACUUUCCACAUUAAACAUGUUACUGGACUGCCUUAUAAUCCUCAAGGACAAGGAACUGUUGAACUUGCUAAUCUCUCACUAAAAAAACACAUUAAAGAAAUUUAAAAGGGGGAGAUGGUAUAAGUAUUCUCCCAAAACACUUCUUAACCAUGCUCUUUACAUUCUUAAUUUUUUAACUUUUGAUGCUUCCAAUAGAUCUGCAGCUGAGAGACAUUGGUCUCCUGAUUUGCCCUCCAAGCCAAUGGUUUAUUGGAAAGACCCAUUAACUAAUCUAUUACAUGGCCCUGACCCAGUAUUGAUAUGGGGAAGAGGGUAUGUUUGUGUUUUUCCCACAGACGCUGAUACACCCAGGUGGAUCCCAGAAUGCUGUGUAUGACUUGCCCAAGAGCAAGAUAGAAAAAUUGCGCAGGACGAUGCUUCCACUAACCAUGACCUCGAGGACAAGAACAAUGACCAGAAGGUCUCCUGCGACAAGAGAUGAAACUCUUCUGUUUUUGGCUCAACUGUUAAGCAUUAUUUGGGUUUUGCAUAUAUUUUAUAUGCCUGUUUGGGUGGAUAAUUAUUGGGCAUUUGUACCUAAUCCUCCUUUGUUGCACCCUAUGUCAUGGGGCGACGACCAUGAUGUUACUGUUUAUGUAAAUAAUACCCGUGUCUUAAGUUUUCCUUCUUCCACUCAUACACAACCUAUCUCUAUUGUAUAUAAUUACACUGAAAUGUCUGCUUCAUUACCCCUAUGUUUUUCUAAAACAAAUAAGAAUUGUACAUUAAUAGAAAGAUAUUCUGAUUGGGAUGGAAACUACUAAUGGAAUGCACUGGGGAGUAUAUAUGAUGUAUGUAUUUCGCAACAGUAGUGAAACUAGAGUGGGAAAAGGUAAUCCCCCUGAGCAUAUUCCAGAAUGUAGACAAAAAUAUCCAAGCAAAAGUGUAUAUGGACCCUCAUGGCGUUUGUGCCAUCAUAAUUAUAUGUUACAAAGAUCUAUGUGAUUGGAGUGAUUACAGAGAAACAACCUACAGGCCCCGAAAUUUAUUAUAUGGAAUAUGGACAAGGAAUAACAUCACCUUUUUUACAUGCUGUGGAAGUUGGUUGCGGCAAUUGAUUACAUUGCUGUUACAAAGGAAAAAGUUGUAUGGCAACAUAUAGGGACACAGGAUGCUAUUUCUGUUAAUGGCACAGUAAAAAAUGUAACUAUCAUAGCUUGUAUUUCUGAACCAUAUGGUUUUAUAAGUGGAGAACUUACUGUAAAUAAGAACAAUGAAUCUUAUGAAAUUACUUGUAAAUAUUGCAUCUUAUCCAAUUGUGUUAAUGCUUCACGAAACCACUCAUCCAUAUUACUGGUCAAACAACCUCCAUUUGUAUUUUUUACCUGUUAAUAUCACCACAGAGUGGUAUCAAGAUCCUUCUGUGAUUAUUUUGCAAAAAUUAACUAAGCUUUUAAAUCAGGCCAAACGAUUUGUUGGGAUGUUAAUGACUGGAAUUGCUGCACUUAUUACUUCGAUAGCCUCCACUACAAUGUCCGUAAUAUCUCUUACAGAAAGUGUGCAAACUGCAUCCUAUGUUAAUGAGUUAUCCCAUAAUGUUUCUUUGGUUUUGAAAAUACAGGAAAAUUGGGAUAGUCUGACUGAACAAAAGUUAAAUGCUCUACAAGAUACAGUAAUAACCUUAGGAGAUCAAAUAUAUGCUUUGCAAGUACAGUCUUCUUUGAAAUGUCAUGCCUUAUACGAACAUAUUUGUGUUACUUCACAUAGAUAUAAUGAAAGUGAUUUACCUUGGGAUAGGGUGAAAAAUCAUUUGCUAGGAAUAUGGCAUAAUUCCAAUACUUCUCUAGAUUUGCUUAAGUUGCAUAAGACUAUCCAAGAUAUAACCAAUGCACCAGCAAUAAAAGUUGACAUAGCAAAAGAAACUGAGCAAAUAUUCAACGCAUUAACCAGCCAUUUUCCAGGCCUCACGUGAAUUUUGCAUUUUAUCAUUCUAGCUGGUAUUGGAGCUCUAGCAUUUAUUGUCAUGAUAACAUUUUUUCCAUAUUUUGUGAGAACUGUUGUUGGGCAAAUGAGAAAUGUGCGUUUUGACUUGAAACGUUUUAAGUUAGAAUCAACUGCUAAUGAAAUUCCCAUGCGACACAUUGUCUAAGAAAUAAGGGGGAUAUGUUGGAAGCAGGAGCCAGGGGUCCUGCAGUGAACGGCUGUGGGAAACCACACACUGAAGCUGGACCUCAUCCAUUCCCUCAGCCUUCUAGACAAAGCAUCGCGCUGAUAUUAACCUGGGAAUAGCUUCAUAACAUAAACCAUAGAAGUUUCUCAUGGGCCCAAGAACAUGUUUACCUCCUGGGCUGCACAACAUAUAAGUUUCUCAUGGGCCCAGGAGCAUGUUUACAUUUGCUGUGUGCACAAGAAAGUGUCCUGAAGUGACUUGUACUGCUCUUUGUUUUGAAACAUUAUAAAAACUCUGUAGUCCUUCAUUAAAUCGCCUUUUGCCUCCUGAGCAACUGGUCUCCCUGUGUCUUCGGUCUCUCGCCUGACUCCUUCCCCGCAGCUGGCCGCGGCACCUGGCACCUGGCGCCCAAACUUGGGGCUUGGAAUAUAAGCAUUUGGAGCGUUUUUUCCAGUGGAAGGAGAAUCGGGAGUUGCAAGAAGACCGCUGCUACAGACGACCCGGGUAAGUGAAAAGUGAAAGUAGCAGGGAGUGGCAUAUAUGCAGGGAUUGAGAAUGGGUAACUCCCCAUCAUCAGAACGGGAACUUUUUGAACAAGUUAUUUCCUCUUUGUUAAAGAGUAGGGGCAUUCCUGUAGCUAAGCUUCAAAUUUAUCGGUUUGUUGAUUUUGAGCCCGAGCCAAUCAGUGAUGAAGAGGCGGGCUGUAAGAACUGUCCAAUCAGGAGGGCCAAUGUAGGCGGUCUCUUCCGGUGUCAUGGCGUCAAUUGCAAGGCCAGGGCAAAAAAGGGAGCGCUAGAUGUUUGCUAGACAACUGUUUUUUGCUUCUGUUCUCCGUGGACUGCUUAGAAAUAACCUGGGAGACCUCCAAAUUACAUAAUGGAGGUGGUGACCUUUGAGGAUGUGGUUGUGAACUUCAGCCAUGAGGAGUGGACUUUGCUGAGUCCAUCCCAAAAGAACCUCUACAGAGAUGUGAUGGGCGAAACCUUUAGGAACAUGACUGCAAUAGGAGGACUUGGGAAUAUCCAGGAACCUGAAAAAGAAUGCAAAAUUUAUUGGAGAUACUUAAGAAAUGACAAGCUAGGGAAAUCCUAUGGACAUACAUCUUGGAAUCAGUGUAACGAAGUAUUCCCUUGUACUGCAGAAGGUAAUGUGAAUGUGAAAGAAGCAGAAACACACCACAAUAUUCAGAUCCAUGAAAAAUAUUGCAGUGGAGAGAAACCCUAUGUAUGUCAGCAAUGUGGAAAAGGGUUCACCAAAUCUGGAUAUUGUAAGCAACAUGACAUACUUCACACUGGAGAGAAAACUUAUGUAUGUAAGAAAUGUGGGAAGGCUUUUAACACAUGGGGAUAUUUUAAGAAACAUGAAAGAAUUCACACUGGAGAGAAACCCUAUGUAUGUAAGGAAUGUGGGAAAGGUUUUACCCGACAUCAAAAUUGUAAGCAACAUGAAAGAAUUCACACUGGGGAGAAACCAUAUAUAUGUAAGCAAUGUGGGAAAGCUUUUAACACAUGGGGAGAUUGUAAGAAACACGAAAGAAUUCACACUGGAGAGAAACCCUAUGUAUGUAAGGAAUGUGGGAAAGCUUUUAACACAAGGGGAUAUUUUAAGAAACAUGAAAGAAUUCACACUGGAGAGAAACCCUAUAUAUGUAAGCAAUGUGGCAAAGCUUUUAUCACACGUGGACAGUGUAAGGCACAUGAAAUAAUUCACACUGGAGUGAAACCAUAUGUAUGUAAGCAAUGUGGGAAAGCUUUUACCCGACAUAACUAUUAUAAGCAACAUGAAAGAAUUCACACUGGAGUGAAACCCUAUGUAUGUAAGCAAUGUGGCAAAGCUUUUAACACACGGGGAGAUUGUAAGAAACAUGAAAGAAUUCACACUGGAGAGAAACCCUAUGUAUGUAAGCAAUGUGGGAAAGCUUUUAUCACACAUGGACAUUGUAAGAAACAUGAAAGAAUUCACACUGGAGAGAAACCCUAUGUAUGUAAGCAGUGUGGCGAAGCUUUUACCACACAGUCAAGUUGUAAAAUACAUGAAAGAAUUCACACUGGAGUGAAACCCUAUGUAUGUAAGCAAUGUGGGAAAGCUUUUAUCACGCAUGGAUAUUGUAAGGCACAUGAAAUAAUUCACACUGGAGUGAAACCAUAUAUAUGUAAGCAAUGUGGGAAAGCCUUUAACACACGGGGAAAUUGUAAGAACCAUGAAAGAAUUCACACUGGAGAGAAACCCUAUGUAUGUAAGGAAUGUGGGAAAGCUUUUAACACACGGGGAGAUUGUAAGAAACAUGAAAGAAUUCACACUGGAGAGAAACCCUAUGUAUGUAAGGAAUGUGGGAAAGCUUUUAACACAUGGGGAGAUUGUAAGAAACAUGAAAGAAUUCACACUGGUGAGAAACCAUAUAUAUGUAAGCAAUGUGGGAAAGCUUUUAUCAGACCUGGACGUUGUAAGGAACAUGAAAGAAUUCACACUGGCGAGAAACCAUAUAUAUGUAAACAAUGUGGGAAAGCUUUUAACAGACCUGGACGUUGUAAGAAACAUGAAAGAAUUCACACUGGAGAGAAAACCUAUAUAUGUAAGCAAUGUGGGAAAGCUUUUACCCAACAUGGACAUUGUAAGCAACAUGAAAGUUCAUAUUCAAGAUAAAACCAGUGUAUAUAAGCAUCAUGAGAAUUUUUUGACCUCAAUUACAUAUUGCAUAAUGUAUGAAAAACUUCACACUGUGCAGAAAACUUAUAUAUGUAAGGAAUGUGGGAAAGGUUUCAGCAGAAAUGCUCAUUGGCCAAUACAUGAAAAAAUUUACACUGUUGAGAAACUCUGUUUAUGUGAAGAAUGUGGGAAAGCUUUCACAACACAUGGAUUUUGUAAAAUACAUCAAUGACUCCACACUGGUCGAGAAACCCUAUGCAUAUAACAAUGUGGCAAAGCUUUUACCACAUACAGUCAUUGCAAAACAGAUGAAACAAUUCACACUGGGAUUAAUCACUGGCUAUGUAAGCAAGUGGAGACACUUUCAGCAUCCAAAUUGUAAGUGAAAUACAUGAAGAAACUCACACAAGAGAUAAAUCCUAUGUGUUAUGGGAAUACUCUCAGCACACAUGAUCAUUGUUACAUACCUGAAAGAGCUCACUGGAUCCUAUGUGUAUUAACAGUGUGGAACAUAUGGCAAUCCAUGUUUGUUGUUAAAUACAUAGAAAAAGCAGCACUCUUCAGAUAGUUUAGAUCUAAGUUUAUUUUAAAAAUUCCAAGUAGACCUGAAGAAAUAAUGAAUACAGAAGUUUAAUGUCAAUAUUUCUUCACGAAUUUUCCAGAAAUGACAAAUCUGAAGUGGAGCUCUACUCAAGUACACAUUUUGUAUGGGUUUCAGUUAAUCACUUAUACCUCUUUAGAUUUUUUAAUGUGUCUUUGUGCUUCAACAUGGCAUCUUGUAAUUAAACAUGUUAAACUGAAAUGGGCUUUUCACUUUCAAGUAUGGAUAGUGUCUAUGUACUUAAUAUUUGUUUUUAAAACUUAAUUCUCAUAUUUUUGGUGAAUUUUUAUUUAAAGAAAAAAACCAAAAAGUGUAGAAAUAAUACAGAAUUUCUGAAAAAUAAACAAUAAGAAAUCACUAGUUGAUUAAUUACAUAUUGUCAUCUUAGAGGUAAUUGUUCAAGUUACAAAAUUAAAGCAUACAAAGUGAUAUUCAAAUAAUGACACUGCGAACAAUUUACCUCAGUGAUCCAAAAAAAAACUUAUUAAUAUGCUUAUCUGUUCU